AUGGACCUUCUGGCAUCACACAGGAACAGCUUCGACUCCAACGAUCUCUGGGAUGUGGUUACUCCCCCCAUUUCUCCUCAGACUGUGCUGACUGACUCACAGCCCGGUAUUUCUCACCUUCACCAACAGAAAGGAUUGUCUCCCAAUGAUUGUGAUCUCCAUUAUCUGACACCAAUGAGAAACUCGCAAGGGAUGAAUCGCUUCUCUUGUGAGGACAGCUUCAUCAUCCACCAGAAAGAGCUGCCCUGCGAAGUUGGUAACAAUGGGAACUUGACACAAAUGGUCGGUGGGUUGAGUUCCAGAGGGGCUCCUCCCUUAACUGCGAGGAUUCUUCAGAGUCCAAGGCCUUAUCAUAAGCCUUAUAUGAUGCAAAAAUUUGAGUCUCUGGCGGACAUCCAGGGUUCCAUACCUCUUGUUGCAAAGGACCAACAUGGAUGCCGAUACUUGCAGCGCAUUUUUGAUGAAGGGACGGAGGAGGAGAAAGAAAUGAUAUUUAAUGAAAUCUUAUAUCAUGUGCCAGAGCUUAUGGUGAACCCUUUUGGGAACUAUCUUAUGCAGAAGAUAUUGGGCGUGUGUACGGAGAAACAAAGACUAGAAGUCGUCUUCUUUCUCACAAAGAAUCCUACAGACCUUGUUAAGAUAGCUCUAAACAUGCACGGGUAUUAACUUCCUUGCUGAUUCACUGUUCUUAAUUUGUUUAGAACAUAUGCAAUUGCAUCUAGAAUCUUUCUCCGGUUACUGACACUUGUCACUGGAUUCUCUUUGGUUUGUUUUAGGACCAGGGCCUUACAGAAGCUGAUAGAGGUUCUGAAGAACGAGGAGGAAACCAGCCUUGUUAUAUCUGCAAUUAAGUCAAGUUUUCUUAAUCUUGUAACUGAUCCAAAUGGCAAUCAUGUUGUACAACGUUGCUUGCGACACUUCAGUGAUGAACAGAGUAAGGUAAAUAUGUCUUCUCUUCGUGGUUAUGAAUUAAGAAGGGCAUCUAAACUCUCUGCUUUUUUUAUAGCUUAGAAAAAUCACAUCUUCUUCAUUAUUCACUGAAAUCAUAUCUUACUUUUUCUACAGUUUAUUUUUGAAGCUGCUGCAAGUCACUGUGUUGACAUUGCAACUCAUAGGCAUGGAUGUUGCGUUUUACAACAAUGUAUAGCUCAUUCAACUGGGAAACAUCAAGAAAAAUUGCUCACAGAAGUUUGUAGGAAUGGAUUUACCCUGGCUCAAGAUGCUUACGGGUAAUUAGAGGAAUUUGCUUGCAUUUAAGCUGAGAAUUCGAGACGUUGAUUAUUUGUUUGACUUCCCAUCCAUAUACGUCUCCACAUUGCUGAGUAUCUGGAUACUUUCAAUGAUGAUUUCACCUUUUUGUGGCCCUUGGUAUCAAUAGUAUGUAUACACAAACAGAAAUUCUUAUCUCGAGGGAAUUGUCCAUCGUAUUUAUUUCUGUUACCUUUUAAGUGACACAUGACUCUUUUCUACCGCUUUCCCAUUCAAAGCUCUUUUCAAAUUCAUCCGAGAAAACUGCCAGUAUACUGAAAAAUUGAAAACAGAGUAAUUCUCAUCACAAAUUGAGUAUUGGGAAUUGAGACAACCAUAUCCGCUUCCCAAGUUGAUGCUGAUGAAAUGCUGAUAAUUUUUUUAUUUUUUAUUUGAAACAAUCUCAAAGAAAUUUCUGAAAUUCAUUAUGAUAAUGUUGAGAUGCUUGAGAUAUUAUGGAAGCUCACAUUGUUGGAUGCCAAACAUAACACUGCUAAUUGUAAACUUUUGAUCGCAUUUUUUCAGGAACUAUGCUGUUCAGUACAUAUUAGAUACGAAAAAUCGGUCAGCUAUGGAGACCCUGAAGUCAGAAUUCAAAGGGAACUACGCCCAGCUCUCGACGCAGAAAUUCAGCAGCAAUGUCGUGGAGAAAUGCCUCCGGGCGUUUGACGAAACGGGGAAGAAGACGAUCGUCUCCGAAUUGCUCUCGGCCUCAUGCUUCGAUCAUCUGAUGCAGGAUCCCUAUGCGAACUACGUCAUCCAGUCCGCAUUACUCGUCUGCAAGGUCCCUCCCUCUCAGCCCAUCUGCCAUGCCCGCCCAUACAUAUAUCAUUCAACGAAUCAUCAUCUCUGACCCUGACUCCGACUCCAUUUAUCUUUCUUUCCCAUUUUUGGCAAAAAUUUCCAGGGUCAACUCCGCACCUCCUUGGUCGAUGCUAUCCGCUCUCGAUCAGUUCUCCGGAGCAACCCAUACUGCAAGGGGAUCUUCAACCUGGUGAAGAAGUGA